AUGAACCAUCUCCGUCUUCGGUUUAUCCACCCCAGAUGCUUACCAAUAAUCCAACCUCAUAGAGCGUUUCACGUAUGCCUUCAAAGAAACAAUAUCACUCAAAAAUAUGGAGAUAAGCUAGAAAAACGAGCCAAAGAGAUGGGAGUCACGGGAGUCGACGAGUUGCGCGAGCGAGCACGUAGGGAGCUUGAGGCCGAAAGGAUACGUCGAAGGGCCGAGAAUCCGACUUUGGAGACAGGAAAUGGCAUCGACCAUGCACCACAGGGGAAUAGUCCUCCGGCUCCGGCUGUGAAAACACGCAAGGAUAGUUCGCCUAUCAAGUCUCUCGAUACUAUAAUAAACCUCCCAAAACUCCUAUCAUCAUCUCCACCACUCACUCAAGCCCAACUCGGUGCUCUCUGGACGGCUUACCAUGCACGAAAAGAGGGAGUUUUAUGCGCAGUCGUCCCAUUGGAGAUGUAUAGUCAAUUAAUCGAAACCGCACGCCGAUACAGCCAAUUCGUCGUCCCACUACCGAGAGGAGUCAAAUCAGUAGAGGAUGGGAAAGAGCCUGAAGGUGGCACCGAAAUGUUUUUCAUCGAAUGGGCGUUGCACCACUGUCCUACCGUGCCAAACCCCAAGGUCGAUGAGUUAGGGCUUCCUAGCUCUCAAUCCACGGAGCAGACGGCGUCCGCAGGGUCGAACCCACCGAUCAUGACUCUGCUUUUCACUCCUCUGCAGGAAUACAAGCAUCGCCAGUCGUUUGCCGCCCCCCAUCUGGCUCUGACGUUUCAUACCGACCUUGCUUCUACGCAUGGCGUCGCGCUACUUCGCGGAGAGAUCACACCCGCGCAGUCUGGUGAUGGGAGGUGGUUACUUGGUCAAGAGGAAGCACAGGCUUUGGUCGUAGCCAUGCAAAAGUUUUACUUACCCGGAACCGGAGAGGCUGCGAAGGAUCGAGAGGAGUUGCUGAAGUGUUUCCACGAACGACCGGAAGAAUUUAAGUGGGAGCGACUGUUAGAGUUGAGUGACAUUGGUAUCAAAUUGUAG